AUGAAGCAAAAUCAGUGCGCAAAGCUUACUGCCGCCAUGAUUCAGGUAAGCCGCUUUCUGGUGAUUACAUGGCUGGCCGGGCCACUUGGAUGGCUCGCUGGAAGUCCCUGCGUCCAAGCAUACAAGCUGGCCGAGACGCCCAUCAAUAUCACCAAUUCAAACGACCCGACAGUGGUUCGCGAGGUGGAGCGAUUGUUGGGGAACACCUUGGUGCAUGAUGCAGGCGAGGUGAACUCAAUGCACAAGCCGCACGAGGAAAACGCCACCAAUGGCACUGCUGGCAUGGAUAGUCUGGCCCGCAACUUGGAGUUCCUGCUGCUCAAGGUGGGGCAGCUGGAGACGGUGGUGCAAUUGCAGCAGGCCGAGCUCAACGCCGCGCAUACCGAAAUCGAUGCCUUGAAAGCGCAUGUUGGCUUGGAUGUCGAGCACGUCGCAAUGGCAAAGAAGAGAAGCCGGGAUCCUCAUGCAGCGGGGGACGUCCUGAAAAAAGUCCUUGACAAGCACCACCGCCAGCGCGAGACGCGAAAUUACGAUCCCAAUGCCCACAAGGACCCUGUGACUGACGACUCCGAGGUUGCGGCGGCACCGAUUGAAAGCGCUGCAGAGGCUUUGCUGCAACGCGAGGCGCAGAGGUCCGACAAGGAAAAGGUUUCACACCAUUCCUUAGACGCGAGCCUUUCCAACAAGAUUCCAUUCGUCGAUGACAUUGCACAAGCGGUCGAGGACGUCUCAGGCACGGGCCUUUCGCCUGGCGACUUGAAAAAAGCUUUCGACAAGGUGAAAGACGUCAAUGCAGUAGAGUUUGUGCAGAAUACGGUGAUCGACACCGUCGAGAAGGCAACCGUCAUUCUGAGGGCCUUCACCACGGGCUUCGACUUCACAGAGGACUGUUCCGUGCCCGUACCAACAUUCGGGUACAGGUCCAGUUUCCCCCCUUCUUUUGUUCUGAACUUCGGCCACUCAUACUGCAAAGUAACGCUUGUUGGCCAAGGCCUCACGCUCUUCGACAACAAUAUUGGUGAGGUAAGCGUCCCCUUGCCGAAUCCGCUGGACCAUUUGCCCGAGCAGGUAGGAAGAGUGGCACGGGCAAACUUGGAUACCAUCCAAAGGAUGCUCGAGAUGAGCCACGAUCUGUUGCACGCACACGACUGCAACAGAGGCAAUACCUUCAACUGCCUGGCGAGAAAGGUGGCAGCGGAUGUUAUGCGCAUGGAGCCACCAUUGAACUGGCUGCCAGGCCCGGUGAGGCGCGUUGCCGACUUUACUCAGGAGGCGGUCGACCGGUUGUUCCAGAUGAUCCACGUCCUGCUGAACACGGACCAUUGCAACAGAGCCGAUACCUUCCAUUGCAUGGCCAAGCUUGUGGCAAGUCAUGUCAUGGCCUUCGCACCACCCCUGAAGUUUCUGCCCCAGCAGCUGCACACAGUCGUCAAUGCCGGCCAGGAGGGCGUCGACAGGAUCUUCGCGAUGGUCCGUGAUCUUCUGAACACUCCUCAUUGUGACAGAGGCAACAUCUUCCACUGCAUGGCCAAGAAAGUGGCAAACUACGUCAUGGAUUUCGCGCCACCCCUGAACUGGCUGCCCAAGCAGUUGCACCUCGUUGUCGACGCAGGAGAGGAGGGGGUCGCCAGAGUCUUCGCAAUGAUCCGCGAUCUGCUGAACACGGACCAUUGCAACAGAGCCGAUACCUUCCAUUGCAUGGCCAAGCUUGUGGCAAAUCAUGUCAUGGCCUUCGCACCGCCCCUGAAGUUUCUGCCCCCGCCCGUCGGAGUUCUUGCAGGCUCGCCGGUGACGUCCAUCACGAGCUUGUUGGCUAUGGGGAAGGACCUGCAGAAUUGCGAAAGUUCCGAGUCAGGCCAUGAAGUCACGAGAUGCCUCGGCUUCAGGAUCAUGGAGGAGGUACCUCCUCUGAGCUACUUGAACAAGCUGGGUGAUGUGAUCGGUGAGACCCUCGAGACCUUUGCGAAGGUGGCCACUUCCUUGGCAAUGAAGGCCCUACGCGGAGGCACUUCCCUUAUCCAGGAGGCUAGUGUGUCCCAGUUCCCGCCUGUCGGAAAGAUGCCGGUGCGCCACCAGCGUGGCAACCUGGUCGUCGAGAUGCACUCCCAAGAGAUGCAUCCCUCGCUGUUGCAGUUUGCUGCAGCACAGAGGGAGCAGGAUGUCCUGCACUCGGAAGCGCCAAAAUUGCAGGCUGGUGAUGAUGUCCACGUCACCAAUUUGAUCACCCAGUUUAACGGCAGGGAGGCCAAUUCCGGCUCUUGCUUGGCUUUUGCUCCCCGGAGCAAGAACGGAGCUCACGUUGGCAACCAUCAGGAGGCAACGAAAGACGACUGGACGUCUGCCAAGAAGGAGGACUUCGUCCAGCUGGAGCCUUGGGCGGUGCCCUGCGACAACACCUGGAUGAAGGAGAACUGGAACAAGUGGCAGGGCUACUCCUUCUACACUGCAAAGACGCCCGUGGAGAAGUGCCUGACAGUGGAAUUUUCCAUGAGCAUUCAGCCUGUGCUGGCCGCCAUCGGAGGCUUGGGUUUCGAUUUCCUGCCGAAACUCUACGAUUUGGUCACCACCGUGUGUUGGCCGAACCAAAUGCCGGGUGGCCUCGACUUGUCCGUCCUCCGUUCCGAAAUCAAAACCGGUGGCCACCUUCUCUUCAGCCGGACACUGCGGCUUGCGAAGCGUUUCGGCGAUGAAACGGACUUCGUCAAGAAGAACCUGGGCAGCAGCUACAAGACCUGGAGGUCUUCCGUUGGUAUCGCCAAAGGGGAGAGCGGGAAUGCAAUUGCACCCAUGUCGCUUCUAGGGGGCAAUCGCAGUGAGCAAGGCGAAGGAGGUGGCCAACAGACCGAGUCCUGGUACUGGAGGAGCGACCCUGAGGAAGCCUACCUGUCUUCCAUCGACUAUGGUGACUCUAUGGAACCCAACCGGACCUGGGAAUUGCGAGGGGCGGAUGCCAUGCUUCGCCUGAGCAAAAUGCAGGACGCCCGCAAGUUGGGCCAGGAGGAAGUCGUCGAGCUCUUCAGCUUCAAGAAGCCAGGAAUGUCGAACUUCCACAUUCGAGGCCUCCUUGACGGAAACAGUCUGGAGUUGGGCGUCCAGAUGGGUUUCGGACCUUUCCAGAGCCCAACUCGGAGGAUUCUCUUGGCUGACAUCGGAGUGCAGUUUGCGGUCGUCCUGGGCGCAAUCCCUUGGAUCUCCGUCGAAACCAAAAAGACGGCCAUCGCUGCUUUGAAGGACUUUUGGCCAGGGCAGUCGGAUCUAGUUGAUCGUCAACCAGCGGACACGUCUUCCAUGGUGGCCUGGUUCAAGAGCGAGGACGCCAGUUCAGCUUGGAAAAGCUCGGUGGGCAGCUGGCAAGGUCGUGAGACGAGGGGCAGCGUCACCAGAAAGGUCGAGACUGGCCACGGAGCGAAAUUUCCUAUUGCAUACCUCGCCGGGGACGUCCACACCGGAUAUGACUUCGGCCAGAUCAUGAAGCCGGACUUCACCAUUUGCUCGGUCACUCGCUAUGUCGACGGAGGAGUACAGAAGCGAGUUCUCCAGCACAAUCAUUCGAACUGGCUUCACGGCCACUGGGCUGGAAAAGUGGGGGUUACGUACUACAACACGUGGGUGCACAGCGAGGGGCAGCACACGGGCUUGACCGAUUGGCUCGUCAUGUGCGGCAACAGCGCAGGGGUUGUCUUAAGGGGCCAGGAGAAGAAGAACGUCGGACACCAUGCGGCGGUGAAGUCCAACGGAGAUGCCCACUUGUACAUCAACGACGGCCACUUUAUGGAGUCUUCGGACUUUGGCGUCAUGGAGGUCAUCGUCUGGAACCGGGCGCUUUCGGAGGACGAGAUGUGGACCAGCAUGGAGUACCUGAACUCGAAGCUCGGGCCCCUUCUGCCGCAACCGGCUGACAUGUCUUCCAUGGUGGCCUGGUUCAAGAGCGAGGACGCCAGUUCAGCUUGGAAAAGCUCGGUGGGCAGCUGGCAAGGUCGUGAGACGAGGGGCAGCGUCACCAGAAAGGUCGAGACUGGCCACGGAGCGAAAUUUCCUGUUGCAUACCUCGCCGGGGACGUCCACACCGGAUAUGACUUCGGCCAGAUCAUGAAGCCGGACUUCACCAUUUGCUCGGUCACUCGCUAUGUCGACGGAGGAGUACAGAAGCGAGUUCUCCAGCACAAUCAUUCGAACUGGCUUCACGGCCACUGGGCUGGAAAAGUGGGGGUUACGUACUACAACACGUGGGUGCACAGCGAGGGGCAGCACACGGGCUUGACCGAUUGGCUCGUCAUGUGCGGCAACAGCGCAGGGGUUGUCUUAAGGGGCCAGGAGAAGAAGAACGUCGGACACCAUGCGGCGGUGAAGUCCAACGGAGAUGCCCACUUGUACAUCAACAACGGCCACUUUAUGGAGUCUUCGGACUUUGGCGUCAUGGAGGUCAUCGUCUGGAACCGGGCACUUUCGGAGGACGAGAUGUGGACCAGCAUGGAGUACCUGAACUCGAAGCUCUCCGGAGCUUCGUGGAGCUGA